AAGUUAUAUUUCUUGAUAAAAAAAUUAACCUAGCGUAGCCGAAGGGUUUGGCUUGGGUUUUUCUUGGGAUCCAACCCUGGCAAACUCCAUAAUUCUUCGAUCCGCGAGGUACUCGGAGAGAGCCAAGAUCGAUAUAAGAGGAAACACAGACUCGUCAAAUUUUCAGAUGUCAGGGCGGAAAGAAGAGAAUAUUGGACGGACAGGUAGGGCGGCGGUGGUGGUUCUCGGCGACAUUGGCCGCAGCCCUCGAAUGCAGUACCAUGCCCUCUCACUUGCCCGCCAGGCUUCUCUAGAGGUGGACAUUGUUGCAUAUGGAGGUUCUACUCCCCACUCUGCUGUUUUAGAGAACCCGUCUAUUCAUAUUCACACAAUGAAACAGUGGCCAACAAUCCCUCGGAUUGUAUCAAAGAUAUUUUAUCCCUUGGUUCUUCUCUUCAAGGCAUUGUUUCAGUUUUUUACACUUUUUUGGUUUCUCUGUGUUAAAAUACCUUCUCCAGAUGUUUUUAUAGUGCAGAAUCCACCUUCUGUUCCAACCUUGGUGGCUGUUAAAUGGGCAAGCUGGCUGAGAAAUUCAGCAUUUAUUGUUGAUUGGCAUAACUUUGGAUAUACUUUAUUGGGAUUAUCUCUUGGAAGAAGUAGUCGCUUUGUGGCACUCUAUCAUUGGUUUGAGAAGUACUAUGGGAAGGCUGCAAAUGGUUCAUUAUGUGUUACGAGAGCAAUGCAGCAUGAGUUGGCGCAGAACUGGGGAAUUAAAGCCACAGUUCUAUAUGAUCAACCUCCUGAAUUCUUUCGUCCCACUCCAAUGGAAGAGAAGCAUAAGUUGUUCUGUAGAUUACAUAAAGAUCUCUGUCAUCCUCGUGGUGGUCAAGAUUGUGUCACUGCUGGUAAUUUAGAUGGAACCAUGGAACUGUGGAACCAGGAUACAGAUGAGACUUUGUUUACCGCUAAGAUGGACACGGACAUUUUCUUGAAGUCAAACAGGCCAGCACUUGUUGUUAGUAGUACGAGCUGGACUCCAGAUGAAGAUUUUGGCAUGCUCUUGGAAGCAGCAGUUAUGUAUGAUAGACGUGUGGCUGCAAUUUUGAAUGAAGAUGAUUCAACUAAAGAAGAGGUUCUUUGGAAGGAAACUAAUAGUGGGAAACAAUUCUUAUAUCCAAGGUUACUUUUUAUCAUUACAGGUAAAGGGCCGAACAAAGAAAAAUAUGAAGAAAAAAUAAGGCGGUUAAAACUCAAUCGCGUGGCAUUUCGUACAAUGUGGUUGUCAGCUGAGGAUUAUCCAUUGCUUCUUGGAUCAGCUGAUCUGGGUAUAUGCCUACAUACUUCUUCAUCAGGAUUGGACCUGCCUAUGAAGGUGGUGGAUAUGUUUGGUUGUGGACUUCCUGUUUGUGCUGUUUCCUACUCCUGCAUCGAGGAACUUGUGAAAGUUGAGAAAAAUGGCCUUCUAUUUUCAUCAUCCUCGGAGCUAGCUAAUGAACUCUUGAUGCUCUUUAAGGGUUUCCCGGACAACUGUGAUGCUCUGAAGUUGUUAAGAAAUGGUGUAGUGGAAGCGGGAUUUUCAGCUAGGUGGGAUACUGAAUGGGAAAGGCAUGCCAAGCCAUUGAUAUCCAAGGUUAUCUCUGAGCAUUGUCAUUAAUUUCUAGCUGAAACUAGAAGUAGAUGGGGAGCCCCUAUAAAUCCGACACCAUGCUGCGGAAAAGGAUAUUUUAUAUAUAUUUGUCAGCGCCAAUUUUAUGUCUGAAUGUGUGCCGACUCCACGCCGACUCCAUUCAUCUGAAGAACAUUCCCUUGUCUAAGUCAGUAGGGCCUUGUUGUUGUUAAUAUUGUUAUUUUAUUUUCUAUGGAUGCGGAAAUUAAGGGUAAAGUUUGAAAAUUUAUAGAGUGAA